ACUAUGGCUUGCAGGAGACUGGGUUUCCCGCCAGUUCCCUGGUGUCCGCUAGAGCCGGGCACCGGGAGUGCGUGAAAUGUGGAGUUCUCACAGCCUCCGACUGGUGCCCCGACGGCACUGGCCACUUUCUCUGUCAUGCCUGCAGCUUCACGCGUCUCUACGAGGCCGGACUGUCCGGCUCUGCUCUGCUCUAUCCCUCAAGGCGUGGCUACGAGACGAACGAUACCGGCGACAAGACGGCAUCAUUGUCCGCCGACGCCGCCGAGGCGGUCGUCAACGCGUCGGCAGUCGCCAGCCUAGAGACAGGCAAACUGGACGAUGCACUCUUCUCGCCGGCCGGGCAAACCAAGGCCUCAGCCGAGGUUGACGAGGUAGACUCAGCCGCAUAUACAGCCUCCGUUUCGGGCUACAGGCCACCCCUCACACAUGUCGCGUUUCACCACAGCCCAGCCAACCAACCUCAACCUCAACCUCAACCUCAGCACCAGCACCAACAUCAAACGUACCAUCAGCACCAGCAUCAGUAUCAGCAUGCACACCGUGGCCAACCGUCGACUAACUCUGAAGCGGACCUGCGCUUUCCUCACCCGCCGCAAGGGCACGGACUGAGAGGAGAUGAUCGUCUGCCGCGUCAAGACCACAACCCACAGCAGCAGAUGCAUCUACAGGCGGUCGCAAGGCCGCCGUCUGCUCGGGAGACGCCGGCUCCAAGGGCAAUCGGCCACCCCAGCUACCCUGCUCACUUCCAGCCCAACCACAGCCACAACCACACCCAUCCGCAGCAUCAUCAUCAGGCGCCUGUGCAAGAAAUGGCACCGCCACAGCCACAACAACAGGUGGAACUCGAGUCGCCGGAGAAUGCUCGUGUCUCGGAGGAGGUCUACGCCUAUCCGCUCAGACCGUCCGGCUACAUGAACCAUUUCGCUCCGACCCAUCCUUUCUACCAGCCCUACAUGCAGACACAGGCGGCGGCCUACCCCGCCUACCCGAACACGGGCGGCAUGAUCUCCAGCUUCCCCGGGUACCCCAGCGACCGGCCGGCCCCCCACCCCCUCCCCAUGGAGGAGGCCUUUUCGGGCCCCCUGGCCGAGGAUCGGUAUCGCGGAGAUGCUCUGCAAACGAACAGACUUCUGUCACAUUCCGUCUGCCCGGAGGCGGCGCCGCCCUCGUCCGGACUGAAGACGACCAGCACCGGAUUCGCCGGCGCCACAGGCACCGGCGGUACCACGACCACCAGUGCUGGUCUGGCCUACACUUGUCCGAGUGGAGGUGUCGGCCUCGUCAGCAUGUCGACCAUGGCAGCGUGUGCAGCUGCGGCUGUGUCUGCGGCGGCAGCGGCCGCCGCCGUCGGCGUGACCGGCUCUCUUGUGGGCGUUCGCAAGACGGCCUCGGAGACUGGCGUCAUCGAGGAUUCGGCGUUUCCGCCGCCUCAGCUGCCUCCGUUGCCCGGAGUCAAGACGACCAGUCACCAGCAUAUCUGUUGUCCGGGCGCGAUGGAACGGCGGCCGGGAGGCUGCGAUCUGGCUGGCGACGAGGCGUCCGAAGCAGGUCGGAAGUCUCGGUUAGACAGUCCGUUCUGCCAGAACCUCGGACCGGUCAGACCGAGAAGUGCCACCGGCAAUAAUCGAAGACAGGUGAGUUGUUUCGCAUGA